AUGAAGUCAGCCAUUGCCUUGUUCCUGCUAGCUGCCGCGUGCAGUGCUGCGCCCUCCGUGAGGCAUCGCCCCCUGGGACGCCGUCCCGGCGGGCGUAUAAUCUCUGGUAAUCUCGUGGACAUCUCGCAGCACCCGUAUAUGGUCUCGUUGCAGUAUCUGAACGAACACGCCUGCGGUGGCUCCAUCAUAAGUUCCUCGUAUGUGCUGACUGCUGCACACUGCAUCUAUGGCGUCGGCUGGAGUUAUUUCUCAGUUCGGGCAGGAAGCUCCACGCGCGAGAGCGGUGGGACCGUGUACGAGGCCUCUGGUGUUUUCUGGCACAGCGGCUUCAACCUCGCCACGGGAGAGAACGACAUCGGCUUCGUCGUGUUCUCCGACCCUAUAUCAUUUCAGGCGGUGAGCCUCGCAACGUCGGAACUUGAGGCUGGCAGUUCUGCGACCGUCACCGGAUGGGGCAGCGUGGCUUCUGGAGAGGACGCGUCCGAACAGCUGCGCGCUGUCACCGUGUCCAUCGUGGCACGCUCCACGUGCAAAGAGAAGUUGGGGUCCGGCAUCACGGAGAACGUGGUGUGCGCAGGCGACGCCGACGGCGACAACGUGGCGUGCGACGGCGACGACGGCGGGCCGCUCGUCGUGGGCUCCACGCAGUACGGCGUCGUUUCCUGGGGCCGGGGUUGUGGUGUGCCUGGAUACCCAGGGGCCUACACAAACGUCGCCGCCCUCCACGACUGGAUCACUGCGAUACAUGGUUCCACACCACAGCUGCUGUAUUUUACUGUAUCUCAGCAACACGGUUCCCCACAAAUAUCUGCCACCACGUGGGUGGAGAUGCGAGAAAUGCCAGUACGAUGGAUGGGUCAGUCCACAAGUAUGACAAGUAAUGGAGUUGCUUUAAGAAGUCCUGUGACCAUUCUUCAGACAGUUGUAGCACAAGUUGUUGCGCAUCACAACAGCCUUGCUUUCACUACAUGUGACUUGUUUGAAUUUGCUGCACUUGUGCACGGCCGCCGUCCUGUGCCUGCUGGCUGCAGCCUGCUACGCCGCCAAGCCGCCAAGCCGCCCCUCUGGCUGGGGCGCGUCCGCGGUCAGCGCAUCGUAGGAGGUGAGCCCGCCGACAUCUCGCAGUACCCGUGGCAGGUGUCGCUGCAGCAGCUCGACGCCCACUACUGCGGCGGCUCCGUCAUAAGCCUCAACUGGGUGAUCACGGCCGCUCACUGCCUCUACUUCCAAGACAUAACGCUGUUCUUCGUGAGGGCGGGGACGUCCAGCGCGAAAGCGGCGGCACCGUCUACGGCAUCGCUGCUGCGCAUCUCAACGAAGCCUUCGACUACGGAACAGGGGAUUGCGACAUCGCUGCCGUCUCCAUAUCUGGUUCCUUCAUCUUCGGCCCUAACGUUCAGAGGGUGCACUGGUUGGGGCGCCCUGUCAUCCGAUGCGGAUGUUACCGAGCAGCUGCAAGCUGUGACGGUGCCGGUCGUGGGCCGUGACACGUGCUACAGUGUCUGGGGAGCCACGCAGAACAUGAUCUGCGCUGGUGGGCAGGGCGCUGGCAUGUGCUGGGGCGACAGCGGCAGCCCGCUGGUGGCCAACUCCACGCUGCUCGGCGUCGCCUCCCAGGGCUUCUGUGCUACUCCGGGGAUACCUGAAGUCUACACCAACGUCGCUGCCCUGCGCACCUGGAUCAGGGAAACAACUGGUGCCUAG